AUGCGUCUUGAGAAGUGCUAUUUCUGUUCGUCAACAAUUUAUCCAGGACAUGGAACAGUGUUUGUAAGGAACGACUGUAAAGUAAGCUCUCUUUUUUAAACUUUCUUCUCGACUAAUUUGAUCGGUGGUCACGCCGGAGGCGAUCGAUAAUUCGUUGCGAUACAUCGCAUGAUACAACUCGGCCAGAAAUGACCUAUUGUGUAACAAUACAUAGCGUGGAAAGUUCUCUCGAAAAGCGUUUCUGUUGUAACAUGAUUUGCAGUUUGUAUGUGCGCAAUGAUCAAAGCGAUAAAAGGAGUUCCGGGGGCUUGUUUUGAGCAGGGUUUGGUGGCAGCUCUCACGGACUAUUUUUUCAAAUUCUAUUACACUCCGUCCUUAAAAUUUAAGUAAUCCAUCAUUUGUGUUGUGUUGUCAUUCUAGCUGUUUAGAUUUUGUCGCUCAAAAUGUCACAAGAACUUUAAGAUGAAGAGAAAUCCUCGUAAAAUCAAAUGGACAAAAGCUUUCAGGAAGGCAGCUGGCAAAGAACUAGCCAUGGUAAGAAAAAAAUUCCAGGCAGCUUUUGACAUGAAGUAACUUUAUGAUAUAGAUGGCAACACCAUGGGAAAUAUAAAGCGAUAAAGCGAAUCCUGUGUUCUGAUUGGCUCCGGGAUUAUUCAAGAGUUUUGUUAUGCAAAAUCUAUUUCUUACAUAGUAAAGCCUUUAUUGACCCAGCUUGUGCAAUCAUGAUGGCUGGAUAUCAGCUUUGUUCUUUUUUUGCAUUUUUUUACCUCAACUUUGCCUCAAUCCAUAAAGGAGGGAAAAAAACUCUGCCAAUAUUCAGCCACCUUGACCUCAUGUUUGGUCAUUAACCCAUCUGUAUUGACCUACAAGGUAUCAAAAUUUUUUGAUUUUUCACUUUUCAAACUUGCAAUGUUCCUGUGAGUUUAAAGAAACCGCAGUGCCACUUUUGGUCUGUGAGGUAAUUUAGGAAAAAACUGACUGACGUAUUUUUGCUCAAAUCUUGCGCAAAUCUUGCCUGUUUUUUCUUCAAGCAACAUAAAUCUGUUACACAAACAGAACUCUUGGGCUUAUUCAAGUGAACCUAAGGGUGUGUGUGUUUCACUCAAGGAUACAGUAGACCUGUUAGAACCAAUUUUCUUUAAUUUUGUUUCCAUAAUCAAAGCAUUUACUACACUUUCAAGACAAAAUGAGAGCACUUUUUUAAAAUUUUUAUUCUAUUGAAAUCAGUUUGUACAUAAAAUAAGCUAACUAAAUAUGCAAAAAAAAUUCAGGUCAUGGGCACUUUAAGAGUGAAGAGUCAGUCAGAGUAUGUCAGCCAUCAUUGCAAACAGGUCCUCAUUAUUGGUGCUUCAGCUUGAGUGUUUCUUUGCCCAUAGGAAGUUAUGAGGCCAUUUAUUGAUGUAAAAUUCACUUGACAUGUCUAAUAGUGAUGGAAGCUGCUGAUUAGUGUUGUUGACAAAGCGCAAAGGAGUACAGUCUGUUGGUCUGCCCACAGGCUCUCAUUUAAAGCAGCGCAAAAUACUAAGUGAUUUUCCUGUCUUUUACUUGAUACUGAAUUUUACUUGUUAGCUGCAAAGUGCUAAAAACACAUUACUUUAAUGCCACACUUCAGAAACUUUCUUUAUGGUCACUCCUGUUGCAAAACGUUGGAAGAUGAAGCAUUUUAUAUCAUAUCCAGUAGAAAUAACUGCAAAAGCAUCCCUUCCAUCUAAAAAACAAUUUACUCCUUUUUCGUUCUUUGGCUUUCGAAAGACCAGGUCUUAAGUAUUCAUUAAUAACUUUCAAAAAUACUUGGAUUACAUAUCCAGUGUUCAGUAAAUUGAAACCAUGUUUGUGUUUGAUCAUCAGUACAAAAAACUGGUUUGUGUCAAACUGAUAGGACCUGUCAUUUUUUACCAGUUUGAAUGCAGUGUUGACAGGGAAACUCAGGGGAUGAAAAAGAUAGUAGCAUCCUUGCAAUUGCUCAUAAUUAGUGCCAGACCCCAGGCAAACCCCCUAAAGCUAUUAAAUAUGUGUGGGGAAUCUCUAUUUUGUAGCUGAUCUCCUGUUUGUUGAGCAAAUUGAUUGAUCUUUCUUGUCAUACAAAGGGUAGGCAGAAGCAUUCCAAACAAAUAACAACUUUGCUGUCAGGAACUUAUUCAUAGACAUUUAUUUUAAUCAAGUUAAAAAGCGACAAAAGCAUGAAGGACAGUCUUUGUGGCCAUCUGAGUUGUUCCUCAGAUGGUGAAAGAGAGACUUACAACCAUGUGUAAGUUAGAAAAUUAAGACAAGAUAUCAUGAAAAACAACACCAAAUUGGAAAAUGCUUUCAGUGGAGCCAGGGUAAUAUCCCCAUCAUGUACAGUGUAAACGUUAUAAAUCAUAGAUAAAUCAUAUGAUAAAUCAUAGCUAGUUCAUAGAUAUUAAUAUUUAAGUGUGAUAAAGCUUCUUUUCAUUCAAACCAUCCACUGACAAAUAUUAGAGGUGCAGGUACAUUUGUUAGGGUGAUCCUUCAAAGUACUAAUUACUACAGUUUAACUAUCAUUUACAGACAUUUGCUAAUUAUCUUAAGGGAAGAACAAACAUUUUUGUGUCAAACAAGAUAAAGUUCCACUAAAUCUGAAUGUAAAAAAACAAGAAUUGCCUUCUUAAAAUAAGGUAAAAUUGUGUUUAAAGAGUUAUCCUCUCUGCAUGAAAACUAGGCUAGACAGUGGGUGUUCAAUUUGUUUUGCCACAAAAUAGUUUUUGAGAAUCAAGGAAUUGUAUGAGGAAUCAUCUGAGGUUUAUCCUUAUUGUUUUUGAUAGGUUUGAGAAAAGAUGACUUACCAUAUCUACAAUUGUAGAGUUCACUUUUUUUAAGACUGUAAAAGGAGAAAUUUUUUAAGUAACAACCUGAGACUUUACUCAUACUUUUGUAAUAUAUGAUUUAGCCAAGCCUAAAGGAAGAAUUCUUGUUAGUUUAUUUUCCAGUCCUUCACUAUAAUAGAAACUGUAAUAACUCUUCAGCACUGUCUGUCAAAGAAUUUCUUCAAGGAGAUUUAGGGACCAGUUCGGGGGUGGGGGUAUUCACAGGGUCUGGAACCUAGGGACAAUGUUCUCACACCUUGCAGGGAAAUCAACACGCAAGCUUGUCAGCGGUGUUUUCAAGCAGCUGAGGACUUUCGUUGUUGUUCCUGAUGUUUGAGCAAAUUUUCAUAGUUAGGGAAUCUUUUCUUCUUCAGAUGCAUUGUAUGAAGUCAGCAUCAGUUGAAGUUAUAUCCUAUUGAGCAUGAAUGAAGUUAAUGGAGCAUUUAAUGCAAUCUAAAUAAUAUUACACAUUACAAUGUGGUAACUAACACAACAAAAUUAUGUAAUGACACAGUUCCAAACAGAGGUUACCUGGGUAUUUGUAAGAAACAUCAAGCACUAUUGACAGCUUGGGCCAGAGUAUUUAAUGCAAUCUAGAUAAUAUUACACAUCCCAAUGUGGUAACUUAUACAACAAAAUUAUAUAAUGACACAAUUCCAAACAGAGGAAGUCAGGUUAAAGUCUCACCUGCUUGAACUUUUUAGGGCUUAAGGUACAGAGAAAAAGAUAUGCUAAACAGUUACAAUUAAUUAAUAUGUAGAGUAUUGCUUGAAUAUAUCAAUCCAGUAAGUGCAAGUGCCCAGUAAACAUCAUUAAGGUACAGAGAAAAAGAUAUGCUAAACAGUUACAAUUAAUAGAAGUUGAAAGUUUUAAAGCUAAAAGAUACACAUUUCAAUCGUCAAACCUUAUGCAUCCUAGCAAAAAUAGGGUCAGUUACCACCAUAACUUCUCCUAAACAUUCAUGCAUACAGGAAAUCAUUUAUUUUUGUCACUAGGUGGUACUGUACUUACAAUAAUUCUACCAUGCAAAAGUGAAAAGUGAAAAAGUCUCACAUUUAAUGAUCUACAUAAAAACCAUGGCUAAAAUUUCACACCUGUAAUGAGAAACUUAAAAUGCAUACUCAUUUAUUUCAGCCUUCCUGCUUAGGAAACAUGCUUCUAUUUACAAUAUUAGAUAAUAAAUAUUCAAUGAUCUGAUUUCAUUCUAUUAAACAUCAACUGACUGAUUUGAAACUUGGUUGCAAAACUAACUGAUACUUUCUCAUUGCAAAUAGUCUGAGUUAAACUUCAACUUCUUGUUCAGCUGGACCAUCCUGUUACAUGUGAAAAAAUCAAAUGUUACUCACAUAUUCAAACAAUUACCUGAAUCAAAAGUUGUAUUUUUUUAAUAACCCAUUUCUUUUAAUUGUGCUCCAGAAAAAGUAAAUGGUAUUGAAGAGAAAGGAAGAAAUUCUGGAAAUGUUCUAUUUUAAAUGAAAUUUCAUCAUGAAUGUUAAUUGCGACAGCAACAAAAAAGUUGCUUUCCUAGCAACUGAACUUAACUAUUGUUGCCAACAAAUAUGAGAGUCAUAUGAAAUGGGUACAGUUAUUAGAGACAUCAUGUACCAGUUUUGUAUAUGUAGAGUAUUGCUUGAAUAUAUCAAUCCAGUAAGUGCAAGUGCCCAGUAAACAUCAUUCUGUAGUCUUAUAUUCUUCCACCUUUGAAGGUGCCUAGUAUUCAUAAAAAUUGAAGUUCAAUGCAGCUUUUUUGGCUACAAAGAUAACAAAGAACAACAUCCAUACUAUACAAUAUUUCUUAAGACAUCUCUACAAUGGCAGGUAUACACAACUGACAUGUAUGAGUGAAGCAUGUCGAGCAUUAAGGUAUGGUUGUCAAUUUCAUCACAUUUUUUUCAUUACUUGCAAACAGCUUGUUUCUGGUAGCUUUGAAAACUUCUGUAUCUCCACUUUAAAGCAAAGGCAUUUCCCAUUAAAAUUUUUACAUCAAUAAAUAAUAAGCUACCAGUAACAGGUUUUUCAAUUGUAAAUGUUUCAUAGCUUCCAAUUUUCAUCAUAUAUUUUUUUACAUUUGAAAGAAUAAGUAUAUUUUAAUCAUUGUAAUAUAAUUAAAUCCUCCAUUUUGAGACAAUGGUAAUAGUCAUAUGUACGAGAAAGACAGCAAAUAAAUAUAGCAUCAUACAGUAGUAAAGUGUUCUUGUGUAGAAUGAAGUUUCAAACUCACUGAAAUUAAGUUGACUUCACGAUUCAGAUUUUAGUUAAAGAAAUGUAUAAUACCAUUUAUGAAUUUUAAAGAGUAAAUGCCAAAAGCUUAAAGAUGGAAUUUUAAAAAAAUGCUAAAAUGUGGUAUAUCGAUUCACUGAGAUUUUAAUCAAUAGCUGGCACACAGAGGUAUAAAAGAGGCUUGUAAAAAAAAAAAAAAAAACCAGGGCAAUAAAAUUAAAGAUUCAGGAGAAGCAUAAUUUUUAUAACAUUAACUAGUUUACUGAUCUGCUUACCUGAAUUCAAUCUGGAAAGAGAUCUCUGCUACACUUAUGUUUUAUCCUCUCUCACUUAAAUUAAAACAAUAUUUAAUUAGUUGCAGGCAGGCUAGGGAGGAAAUCAAAGGAAUGGAUAUAUGGGACAUAAAAAGAAACAUUUUAAAAGUUGAUAAAGCAGAAGCAUAUAACCUACAUGUCUGUGCUUCUGAAUACAGCUAUAAUAGGAAUUUUUAAUGCUAUUAUCUUCAUAUGUAAACUGGGUGCAAUAUUUGGUCAUAAAAGCAAUUUUAUCCUAACCUUGUCCCCUGAAGGGUGCCUUGUGUAUCAAAUAUAUCAAGUUCAGUACCUCCAGAGUCAUUAGCAGCUUCUGGGACUACAAAAUAAUGAAUUAAUCAACAAGUUAUGCCAGGCCAAAUUAUUGAGAGUCAACAUUAAAAAAAAUUAUAGCUUCCUAGAAUUGUAGGGAAAGUUUAAAGUAUGCUUCGCCUGUGCUGUAUAUAUGAAUUCAUUGUUCCUAAUUACUAAUGAAAUUUUGAGGGGCAACUCAAUUAAUUCAAAAGAAAAUAUCCAGGCAGGUUACCCCGUUUCAAUACACGAUCACAGCUUGAACACUUCUUGAUUGAUUCUUCAGUUUCCAGUAUCAGAAAAAUUUUUCAUAUUACAAGCAUGUUCAUUAUAACCUGAGUAUUAAGUACGGUAUCCAGUCAACUCGCCGACGGACCAACUCGCCGACGCACCAACUCGCCGACGCCAACUCGCCGACGUAUAAAAUCGAGUAGAGACGUCGGCGAGUUGGUCCUAAAUCCAAUACAACUUAUUAGAAGUUAAACAUACAGAAAAGUAAACGAUAUUUAGUAAAAAAACACUGGCGAACAUUGGUGAACAUCAAACAGAAGCACAAACAUUGGUGAACAUUGGUGAACAUCACCAAUGACUAUAACAGCUUAAGACGCGAACGAGUUAUUGUGCGACAACAACACCGUAAAGACUCAUCAUGUCAAUCGCUCAGAUUUUUAUUUGCAACAAAGUUUAUAAGGAUCUCAAGGCGAAAAAAGCAAAGUAAACAUCGCCAAUGACUAUAUCCGCUUCAGACGCGAAAGAGUUAUUGUGUGACAACAACACCGUUGUGCGUUGACUUUUUAUCAAGCGACUUGACUUAAAUAAAUAAGACCGAUUGACACGAGAUCCUUAUAAACUUUGUUGCAAAUAAAAAGAAUUACUUUUUACUAAAGAUCUUGUCCAGAAAGCUAAGUUUUCUUUAAAAAAUCUGAGCGAUUGACAUGAUGAGUCUUUACGGUGUUGUUGUCACACAAUAACUCGUUCGCGUCUGAAGCGGAUAUAGUCAUUGGCGAUGUUUACUUUGCUUUAUUCGCCUUGAGAUCCUUAUAAACUUUGUUGCAAAUAAAAAGAAUUGCUUUUUUCUGAAGAUCUUAUCUAGAAAGCCAAGUUUUCUUAAAAAAUCUGACCGAUCAUCAUGAUGAGUCUUUAUAGUGUUGUUGUCACAGUCCCGAUAACUCGUUCGCGUCUAAAGCUGUUAGAGUAAUUGGUGAUGUUUAUCUUGCUUUAUUCGUAUUGAGAUCCUUAUAAACUUUGUUGCAAAUAAAAAGAAUUGCUUUUUACUAAAGAUCUUGUCUAGAAAGCCAAGUUUUCUUUAAAAAAUCUGAGCGAUUGACAUGAUGAGUCUUUAUGGUGUUGUUGUCACACAACUCGUUCGCGUCUGAAGCUGUUAGAGUCAUUGGUGAUGUUUACUUCGCUUUAUUCGCCUUGAGAUCCUUAUAAACUUUGUUUCAGAUAAAAAGAAUUGCUUUUUACUAAAGAUCUUGUCUAGAAAGCCAAGUUUUCUUUAAAAAAUCUGAGCGAUUGACAUGAUGAGUCUUUACGGUGUUGUUGUCGCACAAUAACUCGUUCGCGUCUUAAGCUGCUAUAGUCAUUGGUGAUGUUCACCAAUGUUUAUGCUUCUGUUUGAUGUUCACCAAUGUUCGCCAGUGUUUUUUUACUAAAUAUCGUUUACUUUUCUGUAUGUUUAACUUCUAAUAAGUUGUAUUGGAUUUAGGACCAACUCGCCGACGUCUCUACUCGAUUUUAUACGUCGGCGAGUUGGCGUCGGCGAGUUGGUCAGUCGGCGAGUUGACCGUAAUUCUUAAGUACGUAAAGAGAGAGUGGCUCUAUGUUUUGUGAGACAAUCUGAAGUUUGAACAAAUCAAGUAGAGGGCAUGAAAACAUAGCCCUCAAAAUUACCAUGAACAAACAAUGACAUUCUCUCCUUCUGCAGUAGGACUAACCCCUUGAGAUGAUAGGAAAAUGUUUGUAAGUGAAAGUACACCUCUAGUAAUUAGUACUUUCCUAUAAGGUUUUCUGUAAAUUUAGAGUCACAUGACCAGUUACAUUACAUGAUUCAUGGUUUUAUAGAGUUAGCAAACUUCCUGUUAUGAAACUGACUUCACACAAGAACUUAGUCACAAAAAACAAAGUCAAAAAGGCAGGAACCCCUUCUUAAUAUAAUACAUUAUUAAUAACCAAGGCCCUUUUUUUAGCCCUCAAAGGUCAUUAUGGGCAGCCUGAACUCUCUCCAUUUUUCAUCUUUAUUUAUUUAUUAUUUUUGUAUCAUGUAAAUUAAUAUGGGGUACAAAUGAAGUUAUUUUUUGUUUAAUCAAAAUCUACUAUCAAACCUUUUCUAAAUUCUUUUGAGCUAUGUCCCGUAUAUCAGGGACCUGAUGCUGAAGGCAUUUAUGCAUCAUAAUGGCAAUGUUUGAAAGCACUCUGACCUUGAUGCAAAGCCAUUGAAGUCCUGUGCUAUUUACACUGUGAACAGUGCAGAACCUCGUAUAGAGUAUCAUGGAACCCCAAAAUUUCUCAAAGUUUCUCAUGCAGGCGCUCACACUGAAUGCUUUCAAAUGCCUUUGUCACAUCAAACAACACGAUGAAUUUCUCCUGUAUUUGUUCUAUUUAAUGUCAUCUGCAAUGUGAAAAAUCAGGGAGCCUUUUUCUGAGCUGUCUUUGCAGGCUUCUCAAAAAUGGAAAAUUAAGACGAGUCUAAUAUUAUUUGUAAAAUAUCACUGAUUGAGAGGUGAACGUGUUUGAAACAGAAAUGCAUGGUUAAUGUUGUAGGUCGAAUCAUGAUAAGCUAAUCCAGAGUUAUCAUGAGUCAUCUAUUAACAAUUAAGAAGUGGGGAGAAACACUCGAGUACGUCUCGUGUUUUUCCCUACACUUCUUUCGUGCCCUUGCCGCUUCCUCGUACUUUGCAACAGAACAGAGCACAGUCAAGGCUUCUCUUUUUGAUAACCAACAGGUGGAAAGCAGGGAUAACUCGUGUCAAAUAAUUUUUCUUUAUAGGAUAGUGCAUUCGAUUUUGAGAAGAAAAGAAAUGUUCCUGUGAAAUAUAACCGUGAGCUUUGGUCAAACACAGGUAUGUAAAAUAAAUAUCAACUGUAACUGAGUGUCGGGAAUGUGCAUAAGGGGUUGGUGGAGCCAAGAAUUCCGACUAAGUACCCUUUAAGUGGCAUCCAGCUCUGAGGUGAUGAUUCAAAGUAUGUCACUUAAAAGCAUCGCGUAAGUUUUUUAAGUGUGAUAGUUUGUAACUUUCGAACUUUCGUCGGCCGCUUCAUUCCGUCGAUUUGGCUGAAAUUUGGCAUGAAGUCUUACUCCAGGGUCCUAAUCACGAAAUGGAUAUUAAAAAGUUCCAUUUAUUUUUGCUUGCCAAAACAACGGAAAAGUGCACUUGGUCUGCCCAUACUUGCCCGCCAAUAUGGCGGAUCGAAGGUGAUCUUUUGAAUUCAACUCGAGUCCUAUCGUAAAGAUUUCUCAAAAUCUCGUGAUAUCCGUGAAACGAUGUUCCCUUCCCUUAACAUAUAUUUAAAAAAAACAUGGCAAAUGUCUAGUUUUAACAAUUUUCAGAGGUAACAUUGGAGAUAUCAGGCUAACAAGUUGGUGUAAAUUUUUUACAGUUCGAGGCGGCGCAAAACGACCUUCGAACGUUGACAUAACCUGUCAUCAAAAUCUGUCAUUCCUACAUUUUUUCCAACAAAUGUUAAGAAAAAGGUUAGAUUUUUAAAUUUAUUUCAAGAGAUUUUAGGAAAUCUAUGCGACAGGACUGGAGUCGAAGUCAUAAAAACACCUUCGAUACGCCAAGUUGGCGGGCAAUUAUAGGCGGACAUGGUCGAUUUUUUGCCAAGCAAAAACAACUGGAACUUUUUAAUACCCAUUUCGUGGUUAGGACCCUAAAAUUAGCCGUCAUGCCAAAUUUCAGCCAAAUCGGUAAGGUUAAGUGGCCGCAAUUUUUUUAAAAAGUUCGAAAGUUACAGACUAUUGCUCUUAAAUCUUUUCAAAUUUUGAUUCAGUGAGAGACUCCACAUGUAUCUGUAUUUAUUUAGUGAGAGCCAUAAAGCGAAUAGAAGAAAUCAGAAACAAGAGGCAAGAUCUUCAUAUCGUAAACAGGUUUGUUCUAAUGAAGUGUUUUAAGUGACAGUAAGAGUGUUUGCAUCACAGAUGAAGUUCUUAUGAAAAUUACUAACGUUUUUUAGAUCUUUCAAACAAGAAAGUUUGCUGAAUGAAGUUAGUGUCACAUGUGUUUCUUUUCUGUUGGAAGAGUGAACUUCGAAGCAUCAUAAGUACUGUAACGUGACACAAUUAAAAGGAACACCAUUAGCCACUCCUCUGAAGACCUGAAAAGUUUUCCCUAUUGUGGUGCUUUUGGUGGAAUUUCGCUUUGAAUAUUUUUAUGUUACUCGAACUGUUUUCAUCAACUUCCACUUACCGUGUAGCGCGAAAAUCUUGCUAAUUGGAGAUUUCUUGUGUUCUUCUUGAACAAAUUUGCAGUUCCAGAUAACAUAAUUGACUGGCUUUUGUUGGUCAACGAUCUUGACAACGUUUACAAAAAUGUUCACCAAUCAUGUUUUCAGACAGUGCAAAGAGUGCGAUUCAAUUUAGUGAUAGCACUCAAGGUGAGAAAGAUGCAGUCAACUUUGAGAGGGACGUGUGUAGUCCCGUCGAUUAUACAACGGCUGGCUCUACUUUUUGUGCUAUGUACCAAAGAAGUUAGUUAGAAAUGUAGUUAGUUUGAUCUAAAGUUAGAGAUGUAGGUAUAGAUAUAGAGAUAUGGAGAUAGAAAUAGAUAAGUGAACUAAUUUAAGUAUAGCAUUAAUCAACACAAACAUAGACAGCAGUUCUUUUUCAUUAAGCCGCUUUACUUGUUUAUUUUGACCAUCUACUUACGUAUUGGUAUUUUAUAAGGCUGAAACCAGAUAAGAAUGUCACAGAAGAGGCUGAGAUAAAGGAAAUAAAGCAAGGAAUCACCCUGAUUGGCCCACCAGGUCAGAAAUGUCAUUCCUUUCUCAUUCACUGCAUGGAAAUACAAAUACGUCACAUAAUUUUUAGAAAUUUUAGAAUUUUUAGACGAAAAUCUACGCGAGAUUAGCGUAGUGCUGAAUUUCUCUCCCGCUUAAUGAAGUCUUCAUGGGAAAAAUCAAAAUAAACACUGGAACACUGGUGCCCACAAUCCUCAGACGCUAAUGAAAAAACGUAACGGAAACCAAGUGAAGUGUAACUGUGUUUGUUGUCGUUUUAAGUACGUAGGAUGAUUACCUUUUUUUUGUUCUAUAGUUGAAAAGAGGAAACUUGAACGGAAGAUCUCACAAGUUAUGCGAGAACCUGAAAGUAUGGAAACUGAGGGUUAAACGGAAACAUCUAUUGUAACUGCUUUAAUUGGUUGGAAGAAUUAAAGUAUUUAACCAAUCUUCGCCGUCGAAAGUUGAUAGAGUAAUUUUGGCCGUGCUCGACAAACUUGCUUCACUACAAAGAGCACUUUGCAAACGCGCGUAAGAUUGUCAUCUUCUGUCUUGACUUUCUUAAAAAGACUAGGUAAGCAAGCACCUUUUCUAUUGUGGGAAUAGUUCAUUCACAAUUCCGCUAUUAUAAACUGUUAUAGAAAGCCAAAGAUCCAGAUUCUUGUUUAAUGCCCAAGUUUUGGGUCUUCAACGUGUUUGGAAGUCAAUCUUUUGUGAAUCAAGCUAAUCUGGGAGAACAGCAUCUCUCAGUCUGUUUUGUUCGAACUUCCCAGUGCUCGGUCCGUUCUGUAGAAACCUCAAGCCGAUAUUUAAUGACAGACAGGCUGACAGACCUUUUUCUCGAACAUUCGAGGAACGCCCAAAAGUACGUCGAGAUCGCGACACAGUGUAUCGUUGGAGGUUUUAGGGGCGCACGAAUACCCAUGAAAGAAGCCCAUCUUAUUUGAGUGGAAUGCU